AUGGGGAACACAGAGAAAUUGCUGAACCAGAUUAUGGAUCUGAAGUUUACGGCCAAGAGCCUCCAACGCCAAGCACGAAAGUGCGAGAAAGACGAGAAAUCCGAGAAACUCAAGGUCAAGAAAGCAAUCGAGAAAGGGAACAUGGACGGCGGUCGAAUCUACGCCGAAAACGCCAUCCGCAAACGCACCGAGCAGAUGAAUUAUCUCAGAUUGGCCUCGCGCCUCGACGCCGUGGUCGCUAGGCUCGAGACCCAGGCCAAGAUGACCACGAUCAGCAAGUCCAUGUCGUCAAUCGUGAAAUCUCUGGAAUCUACGCUUGCCACCGGUAAUUUACAGAAGAUGUCUGAGACGAUGGAUCAAUUUGAGAAACAGUUUGUGAAUAUGGAGGUCCAGGCGGAGUUCAUGGAGAGUUCCAUGGCUGGAAGCACUUCGCUUUCCACACCUGAGGGUGAAGUCAACAGCUUGAUGCAGCAGGUGGCCGAUGAUUAUGGAUUGGAGGUGUCAGUGGGGCUUCCGCAGCCGGCAGCGCACGCGGUGGCGGCAAAGAACACCGAGAAG